CAAAAGUAAUAAAACGCGCUCGAUAUCCCUGUUUAUUUUAUUGACCACUCGCCAGAUGUUUGCGCAUUGUUUUCCAGUGCGCAGUAGUUGCUCUGUCGUGAAAUCGGGAUUCUGUUUUAGUAUUAUAUCUAUUCUGCCAUUUUGAAAAUAGUGGCGUGUAUGGAUUAGACCUAGUGUUUUUUAUGUGACAAAUAUGUCCGGGAGCAAUGAUAAAGUGUCGACUACGCAGCGUAUGAUUCAAAGUGUCGCUUUCCCUCCCAGCCACAAGCUCACAGUAUCGGAAGUGUUCGAUGAAAAAACUGGAAAGCCACUACCAGAUGUAUUGAAGCAACAUUUUAUCCUAGAAGGUCGGAUCGAAGAAAAUGCGGCCUUACGGAUUAUUCAAGAUGGUGCCACCUUAUUACGAUCAGAAAAAACUAUGAUCGAGAUCGAUUCACCGGUGACUGUGUGUGGAGACGUCCAUGGGCAAUUUUAUGAUUUGAUGAAAUUGUUCGAGGUUGGAGGUUCUCCCUCUUGUACUAAGUAUUUAUUCUUAGGUGAUUAUGUCGACCGAGGUUAUUUCAGUAUAGAAUGUGUUCUCUAUCUUUGGGCUUUAAAAUUAUGCUAUCCGAAGACAUUAUUCCUAUUACGCGGCAACCACGAAUGCAGACACUUGACAGAAUAUUUCACUUUCAAACAAGAAUGUAAAAUCAAAUAUUCAGAGAAGGUGUAUGAUGCGUGCAUGGACGCAUUCGAUUGCUUGCCCCUGGCUGCUCUUAUGAACCAACAGUUCCUCUGCGUUCAUGGAGGUCUUUCUCCUGAAAUCAACAGCUUAGAUGAUAUCCGUAAACUAGAUAGAUUCAAAGAGCCACCUGCAUUUGGAGCCAUGUGUGACCUGCUGUGGUCUGAUCCUCUUGAAGAUUUUGGCAAUGAAAAAAAUGCAGAACAUUUCUCGCAUAACUCCGUUAGGGGUUGCUCAUAUUUCUAUAGCUAUGCAGCCUGCUGUGAUUUUCUCCAAAGAAACAAUUUACUUUCUAUCAUCCGUGCUCAUGAAGCUCAAGAUGCUGGCUACCGAAUGUAUCGUAAAAGCCAAACAACUGGCUUUCCCAGUCUGAUAACUAUCUUCUCAGCACCAAACUAUUUGGAUGUCUAUAACAAUAAGGCUGCUGUAUUAAAAUAUGAAAACAAUGUGAUGAACAUACGCCAAUUCAACUGUUCUCCACAUCCAUAUUGGCUACCCAACUUCAUGGAUGUUUUUACUUGGUCUCUUCCAUUUGUAGGUGAAAAAGUUACAGAGAUGCUGGUCAAUGUUCUGAACAUUUGUUCUGAUGAUGAAUUGAUGUCAGAAGGAGAUGAUGCAUUGGAGGAAGCUAAUCUCAGAAAAGAAGUCAUUCGCAAUAAAAUCCGUGCAAUUGGAAAGAUGGCUCAUGUAUUCUCUGUUCUUCGUGAGGAAAGUGAAUCUGUUUUGCAAUUGAAGGGCUUAACUCCUACUGGUGCUUUACCCCUGGGAGCACUUUCUGGUGGCAAGACAUCUUUAAAAAAUGCUUUGCAAGGUUUCUCACCUAACCAUAAGAUAACCUCUUUUGCUGAAGCCAAGGGGUUAGAUGCCAUCAAUGAGCGCAUGCCACCAAGGCGGGAUGGUCAACGCACUCCUGAUACCCAAGAAAAGAAACCGCAUGUGAACAGCAAUGCUCAUUCGUGAAGUGCUACCUUUUAUUUCUCUUCGAUCCUCACUUUUAUUCCACAUUUACAGUGGCAUGGUGAAAUAUGUGAAGAAGACUCAGCUUUUGGAAUGAUAUUUCACAUUAUAAUAACUAGGUGGAUUUGAAGGGAAUUGUCUUAAUAAUAAAUACAAAAAUAUUUUUAAAUUUGGAUUUAACUUUUUUUCAAUAGUUGAAAUUAAAACUUCUCAUAAGAUAUUACCUCUCGAUAUUUAAAUAUGUCAGAUCUGCAGGCAACAAAUUUAUUUAGUCAAUUAAAUAUUAAGGUAUGCACUUUUAUUUAAAUAUUGCGCUGCACUGUUUAAUUUUUUUGGUAAUGUAAUUUUAAAUUUUCAUAUGAAAAGACAUGAUAUUGUAAUGUAAAUUAAUUCAGAUUGUCUACUUAUACUCUACAUUGUUAUCUACUUUAGUGAAAAUUAGACAUGUCUAAAAUUUUCAAAGCAUAAUUAGCUGUGAUAUUAAGCAAUGAUCAAUGUAUUAUUUAAUAGCAGUCUGCUAGAGAGGUACAAGCAUGUUCAUUGGCUAAUCAUGCAUUGAAAUCAUAAAAGUGGAAGUGUUUUCAGCUUGGGCGUGUCUUUAUAUUCUAUUAAGUAAUACUAUAAUUAUGUACUAUAGUGUGCAGCACAUUGUGUGUUGUUGCCAUACGUGUGUGCUGUGUAAAUAUGCCUUGUGCGUACACACACGUAAUUGCAGCUUUAACACUUUGAAUAAAUAUUACUCUCUUAAAUAUCUUUGCUACAAGUUGUACUUAAUUGUAUUUAAUUGUACAAAAUAUAUUAAAAUUAUUACCUAUAAACUAUUACUACUUAAAUUUAAUUUAUAUUGGGUGUAUGCUGGCCCCUCGUUGCCUGCAUGCAGCUGAACUUGUAUGCUGGAACAUCACAUAUAAAAGAUUAUUAGCCAUAAUGUUUCGGCAUAUAAGGUGUAGUGGCUAGUCUAAUCGCAGAUUUUCUUACAGCUUCUUUUUCCAAAUUUCACUUACAAAUAAUGUGGUUUCAUACAUGUGCACUGUUGGAAAAUCUCUUUUGGUCUGCCAAACAAAUAAACCUAAUGAUGCAAUAUGUUCAAAUUGUGAAUACUAAAGUGGCUUACAUAAUUUUCAAGUUCAAUAUUAAAUAUUUUAUCUCAAAUCAGUGUGUAGUCCUCUUCAAAUGUUCUGUACUUUUAAAUAAAUUUUACCUAUGUAAAAAACUAACAUAAUAUUUAAUUUUAUUUUGUACUAAUCAUGGGAAGUGUUGUUUUAUCCUUACAAAUAUAUUAACAUUGAGCUCCAUUA